GAGCUGAAAAGAGGCCGGCAAAGCCGCUGUCCUUAAGGCCCAGACCUUCUAACUUGCUGAGCUCCAGGCAGCCGUCCUGUGCCAAGGAGGUGCAGGGAGAUGAGGGUCCAGCCCAGCAGCAGGCAGGGAGGCACAGGGAGAUCCGGAGUAAGACAGAAGGAGACGUGUCUUCUGCCCACAGCUCCAUUCCCAUUACCCAGACUGAAGGGAGAAAGACCAAGAGACACGACCAGUCUAGACAAGACCGUGUUAAGCUGAAGACAAACAAACGCUGCGCCGCUGUCCGUCAGAAGGAAGGAGGGACAGAGGAGAAGGAGGUUCUGGCUGAUGGAGGACUGAAGGACCACACUGCAGCUCUAAGCAAUGAUCAGCUGCAGCAGAUCCUAAGCACCUUCCAGACCUCCUGUGGAGACAAAGAAGGAAAUGAGACAGGCCCAAAGUCCAGAUGUUCAGAACCAACGCAAAGAGGAGAGGAAGGAAAAGAGAAGGCUAUAGAAACAGAAACAACUGUAAACUCACAGGAAAACAUCAGCAGGGCGUCUGGAUGUACGUUCAGCUGGUUGGAGGAGCGACUUCCACACAGCAAAGCGGCAAGCGGCGCCAAGAAGGCUCAGUGGAGGAGAGAUCUAGAUGAGCAGGUGGAGGAGAAGGAGCAUCAUUCAGCUCAUGUCAGACUCCAGAAUCAGGGGGGUUCCACCAGCCGCACAGAGCAGCAUGCAGCCAUCAGAUCCAGCCUCAGAAUCGGGGAUGUGAGUCCCAUAGAGAUGGAGCAGAAUAUGGAGAAAAAAGAGGAGCAGAGGAGGCACUGGCUGCAGGAGUUGGACUGUCAGAGACAGGAGAUGAUGGAGCGCAGGAGACGGGAGAAGCUGCUCCGGAACCAGAUGGAGGACCGGGAGCGGUGGAUGGCUCACUUUGACUCCUUUCAGAAGAGAACCCCCGCCAGGGCUGGCGCUCCAUUAGCUGAGGUGCAGCCCUGCCGCGCCGAGCAGGGCGGGUGGGAACCCUCCUCCAGCCUGUCCUUGGCCUGGGAUGCCUCCAGCAGCUGUGGGGCCGACAGCUUGGUUGGAGCCAGCGUGGACUCCACCAGCAGAUGUCAGACCAGGAGCAGUUACCUGAGGACCAUGACCUCCCUGCUGGACCCCGCACAAAUAGAGGAGAGAGAGAGGAGGAGAGUCAAGCAGCUGGUGCAGCAGACAGCGAUCGAGGCUCAGAUGGAGGAGCGCAGGAAGCUGAGGGAGGAGGAGGAGGCAAAGACGAGAGAGGAGGAGGAGAGGGAGGAGAAGAGGUUGGGACGGGAGAGAGAGAUGUUGCAGAGGCAGUACGAGCUGGAAACCAGGAAGGAGAAGGAGCAGCCUGACGCCGGCCUCCACGCCAUCAGCCUGCAGCCUGACGCCGGCCUCAACGCCAUCAGCCUGCAGCCUGACGUCGGCCUCCACGCCAUCAGCCUGGAGACGUUUGGAGGACACAAAAGGGAGGCGGGAUCAGAGGACGCCGGCGCUUCGUCCCUCAGAGACACGGCCAUCCAGACGGAAACCACAGGCAGUGUUCAGACUCUGGACGUGGCUGUGCAGUACCACCCACCUCCCCCCCGCUCCACUGCGCCUCCCAACAGCAGGACAGCGGGAAAGGAGAACCUGGGUGAGCCAGCAGGAGAUCUGUAUGAGCCGUUUGCCCGGACUGAAAGGGGGAGGGGGGGCAAGAGGAGGCCCGAGUGGAACACACAGAGGCCCAGUCGGCGCUUCGUCCCCGCCUCGGAGCGUUACCCCCCCAACCUGCAGAGGGACCGGCAGAGGAACCGGUUGAAGAGGCAGGCUGAGCUGCUGGCUCUGCAAGAGAGGGCCCGUCCCCUCAAACCAGAGCUGCCCUCCCCUCACAGCCAGGAGCCUCAUCUCUGCUCCACCUCCCAGCUCGGCAGGACCAGCACCCCCCCCUGCAGGAAGGUGGAAACAGAGUCCAGAGAGCGAAGCGGCUCAGUGUUCCGCCCUGACAGAUGCUGGCAGCCCCCCCACUCCCCUCCUCCGGACUUGGUUCCGUAUGUCCGGACGAAUGAAGUCCGUUUGGACCACCUGCAGCUGGCCGACACCCCCCCACCUCACACAAACCCAGGAGCCCCCGCUCAUCUCCGUGUCCCUCUGACCCACACGCGGCGGCAGCAGCAGAUCCUGAGAGGCCUGGCUCAGCUGCGGCAGGGUUUGUUACAGAAACGGAAGGAGCUGGAGAUGGAUCUGAACACCCCCCCCCCGAACUGCCUCGGCAUCACACAGCAUCCUGUGACCCCCCCCCCAACGCACACGCACACACACACACACACACACACACACACACCCCAUGAGUCUGCACUGACCGGGUGACUAGUAUUCAGCUGAAUCAUGCAUCUGCGGACCACCCCCCCCUCGUCAAAGCUCGGCUGAUGGAGGAAGACUCAAACAUAUUCGUUGUUCUUAAAAAUCUUUUUGUUGUUUCAGAUGUAAAAUGUAAUGAAUUAAGUUUUUAUUGAACAGAUCCUAAAAGCCUGUCAGUCAUUUUGAUGAUUAAUGAUCCAACAACAAUCA